CAGGAAUGAAAAUGGUCAAUGUUUUGGCCUUGAAAAGAGUUCUUGAAUAUCUUGGACAAAGUAUAUUUUUAAAGUUUUUCAUAUCUUUGUCUGCAUAUUGCCUUCAUUUACUUGGUAAAAUUCAUAAUCUGGUGGCCUUCUAAUCUCAGAUAAAAAUGUGUUUGCAGAUGUGAGUUUCACAAGAUACAUUUUUUUUAAAUGGAAUACAAGAUGAGCUUAUUAAUGGCAGUUUUCAACAUCAUCCUCCUUAAUGUCAAAGCACUGAAAAUUGAUGAAAAUGCAGGCAAAUCAUGUAAAAGAGGAUUUUUCGUAGAUACUCAAGGCAAUUGUCACAGACAGCUUAAUUGUACUGAAAUUGAAAAAGAACUAAAAUUUAUAAGCUUAAUGGAAGGUGGCUAUGUUAAAAAUAUGACUCGUGUUAAAUGGAAGAAUAUUGAUUUGGUACACAGUAAGCCUAAAUAUCAUCAUUUCAAAGAGGAUUUCAAGAGUGGCUUGGUACUGUUAGAAAUGCUGCAGGAAAGUCAAUUUGUCCUUGAUCUUGUUGGGAUGUGCUACAAGCCAAUGCAGGUAGUAACAAAGUAUUAUAUGCAUGGAUCAUCAGACAAUCUCCCUAUUUUGUUACAAACAAAAGGACUAGGAAAUUUUGAAGAACUGAAAAUACGAUUGCAGAUAGCCAGAAGCUUCCUGGAGAUAAUAAACUUCCUCCAUGAAGAUGAAAAAAGCCCAAGAGUCAUGUGUGAUAGUAAUGACCUACAUAAAACUUUAUCACAGUACCUGAUUACAGAUGAUUUCAAACUUGUUUUAGCUGACUUGGAUGCAGUGCCACAAUUGAAUAGAAUAUCGAAUGGUAAAGUUAAAUGCGGUCACAGGCAAUUGUUUGGAACAUUUGUAGCUCCUGAACAAUUAUGGCCACAUGGAGAAUUAGAAUUUGAUGACAACAUGAUGCCAGGGUAUGAUGAAAAAACUGAUAUAUGGAAAAUUCCUGACAUAAUUUUCUUUUUUCUUGGAGACUUGCCAAUAAUGGAAAUAUUGAAAUUUAGGUUAUUUAAUAUUUUGAAAGAAUGUAAGUCACAUGAUCCCACAAAGAGACCUACUGCACAUGACAUCCUUUAUUUGUUUAAAAUGGAAAGUGAUAAAAUGUUGAUUGAAAACCAUCAUUUGAUAGAUGAGUUUUAAACGUGAUCUCUAACAGAAAAAAUUUUCUUAUAUCAUUUUUAUGAUUAACAGUUUCAAAAAUGUAUUUUUCCAGUACAUUUUUUUCUGUUCCUGUAACACCUGUUUUGUCAGUUUAUAACAUUCUAUUUUUUGUUUUGUUUUACAUGUUGCCUGCCAUAAAAGGUGCUAUGACAGCUUAGGAAAUCUGUGUGGAAUUGCUACUUAGCAAUCCCUUCUGGAAGGCCUUAAUAUAUAGAUAGGUGUACUUGAAUAGGAAAUUCACAGAGUGAGAAAUGCAAGAACAGUGAAAUAUAAGUAAACAUUAUAAUAUAUUAAAUAGGGCACCUAAAAUAACAAAAUAUCUCUUUACCAAAAACAUCAAAGAAGCCUGAAUUAAAUCUAGAAGCUCUGAUAUUCAAAAAAUUAAGCCAGUGAAUUUAUGGAAAAUUCUAUCAACAAGGAGAAAACACGGUUUUUCAAGCCUUGAAUUAACUGUAAAUUUCCACACAACGAGAUUUAUAAUUUGAAAAUAAAUGUAUCUAUUGUGGCUUUUUAAACUGUACAGAGUAGCUUCCUAAAACGAAGCUAUUUUCUGAGAAAAAGAACGAGGAAGUAAAUAUGCGAAUAUUGAUAAGGUAGCCUUUAGAAUGUCUUCAAAUUUUAGCUAAGCGAUGGAAAAAUUUUCUAAAUAAUUUUUAUUACCUACACAAAAAUUUCUUCUCCUUUAGAAACAGUUUUAGAUAUGUUCUCUACACUUUGAAAUUCAUUGACCCUGAGCUGGGUAUAGUCUUCCAUGUUGGUUCCACACUCGAUUAGAUAGACCAUUGCUGAUAAAUUACCUUGGCGAAGGGCACAGUGAACGGGUGGCCAGCCAUCCUUAUUCUUUACAUUCACAUUUGCUCCGUGAUUGACAAGCACUCGAAUACAAUCAACAUCUCCUUCAAAAGCCGCCUUGUGUAGAAGUGUAUCCCCGUGUUCAUCUGAGAAAUUCACAUCUAUUGAUUGCUCCUCCAGGAGCUUCUCUAGCUCAGACACGGAACUCUCUGUCAAUGCCGAAAUCGCAAGUGUGUGAGGUGUGAAAGAGACUCCUUUUUGUUUAUUAGCAAGAACUGACCUUGCUUGGUCGAUGUGUAAGUGCGAUAAACGUUCUCCAGUCUCGUGACAUAUACCAUCAUCCUCAUCGUAGUUCACUAAAUCAGCCUUAAUUUGCCUCUCAAUAGGAAAUCUGGCUCGUAGUUCCCUUAUGAGUUUCAAAAAAGAAGGCGACCUUGACGACUUUGAUUCCACGCACCUACGUGUUUUCUUCACGGACCCGAACCGACUGCCGCUGUCAGCAUUACUAUCGACAACUAACCUUUGAGUUGAUUCUCCAGACAUCACAGAACCACACUCUACUCAUUGUUCAACGCGAUUCAACCUGUUUGUGUUUCAUUUCGCAAGUACAUGUCCUCGAGUGACCUGUUGUUAUUAGAGAUGCUUCGGUCGUAACGAGAACAAUAAUGAAGAACCAGUUGUUAUGCAAAUCACUUUGUUGUGUGGCUUGAACACUUGCCUUGUAUAUGACGAAGGUGACAAACCAACGAAAUGAAACUCAGAAGAUGCGUUGCAUUUAUCCAAGAUAAAAUGAGGAGCUUCUGUGCUAUUCCUUUUUUAUCUUGAUUUGUCGUUCUUAGACAAGUAGGAGUCGAUAGUGCAUGCAAGGGCAAGCAAAAAAGUUGUGACCCUGCACUAAACCAUGUGGGAUUAACACGAUAACCUGUAGAACUUCCUUAUUCAAUCAAAGAAGUCCUUUGUACUCAUGGAAAGUGAAGCUUGCAAAGAAUGCUGGCGUAGGAUAUCACAACCUUUGUUCUCAGCAAGCCUUGGAAUUUCCGAAACUGAAUGUAAAAUGCUAAACUUUUCAUACAUUCUUUUCUUCAAUGAGAAGGGUGUUAUAUGAAUCACGUAUGGACUAUAUUGUCAGUGUUGUGAUGAAUGAAUCGAUUAUAACAUCCGACACUAACCUGAAGUCUUGGCAAAACAACUAACCAUUUCACUAAAUAUUUCACUCAACUUCUGUUAUUCAAGUUGAGCAAUGAUUAGCGAGGAUGGCAAAA